CACAGAUUGAAUUGCCAAACCAAUUUGAUCCGAUCAUUGUCUUUGAGUGCACUAGAGGGAGAGAACUUGAGAAUAGUAUUAACAAAAAAUGGCGGGAUGGAAGUGUGCAGGACUUGUGUUGCUAAUGAUGGCCACAACCAUGGCGAUCGCCGAGGCCAGGACUAUCAUUGUGGGUGGAUCGGAGAACUGGCGUUACGGCUAUAACUACACGGAUUGGGCUCUUAAGAACAGUCCCUUCUUCUUCAAUGAUAAGCUUGUGUUCAAGUAUGGUCCGCCCCACAACGUGUACUUGCUGCCCAACCUCUACAGUUACCUCAAGUGCGACUUCAGGGGUGCGACGUUGCUCGCUGGCCCAUCGAACGGGGCCGGAAAUGGGUUUGAAGUCGUGCUGAACCAGUACAGGCUCUACUACUUUGCUUCUUCGAGCAACAAGGACUGCUCCAACGGCUUGAUGAAGUUCUUCGCCUUCCCACUGCCGCGUUGGCAGUGAUCGACCAGGAUGAUCAUGGAAUAAGAACUUGGGUGAUAGAAACCGAUCGUGGUUGUACUUUUAUUAGGGUUUGAAUAAAGAGAGGAAACUUAUAGCUGGACUAAAUAAAAAGGUUCCUCCAAAAUGAAGUUCUUUUGUUGUUGGACGCUAGUUGUAUUGUGAAUUUGAAGAGAGUUCUCUUCACUUUUUACUUAUUUUAUGUAAUAAUGUCUUCACGACCGAAGAACAUAUACAUCUGAUAUGAUUUCAGGGGUUAAUAGCAGUCAAUGUAAUGUUUGAGCUCUA